AUGUACGAUGAGAACAGCAACGCAGCAGCAGCAGCAGCAGCAAGCAGUACUUCUUCAACGGGUCUUAUGUCGCAGUUGCUUAAUGUUAAAGAUUCCAGAUGGUUACAGCUGGAGGUAUGUCGCGAAUUUCAAAGAGGUCAGUGUUCGAGAUCAGAUAUAGAAUGUAAAUUUGCACACCCACCUCCACACGUUGAUGUACAGAAUGGCCGUGUUACUGCUUGUUAUGAUUCCAUUAAGGGUCGAUGCACUCGGGAAAACCCAAAAUGCAAAUAUUUGCAUCCGCCACAGCAUCUGAAGGAUCAGUUACUGAUAAAUGGUCGAAAUAAUUUGGCUCUCAAAAAUUUAAUUUGUACACAGUUGAAUCAGAAUGCAGCAGCAGCAGCAGCAGCUCCUGCUGCACUUUCAACAAUGAAUCCAUUAGCGCAGUUGGUCGUCAGUGGUCAGGCUAGUCCUGCAGCACUCAAUGAUCAGCUUCUCAUCGUUCAACAACAACAGCAGCAAGCUGCCGCUGCAGCUGCCGCACAAGCUGCAACUUUAGUCCCAGCUGCACUUCCUUAUCAGUAUUAUCAGGGUAUCACCACCAUGUAUCCAACACUUGUGCCUGUUCCAAGCAGUGAUGCUGCAGCUGCUUAUCAAGCGCAAGUUCAAGCCCAGCUGAUGGCGCUUCAAAAUCUUGCUGCUAUGUCGCAAGCAGCUACGGCUGCUGCUACCACUACCACGUUACCACCACAGUUGGCUCCAGCUACCGCAACAUUACCACCAUCGUUAGCUGCGGCUGCUGCUGCUGCGGCAGCGGCGGCUGCAGCUGGAUCAGGCGGAACUGCUACUACCGGAACAACACUACAGAAUAGUCGAAAACGUGCCUUGGAAGAGGAACAAGCUGCUGCGGCUGCCGCUGCUGGGCCAUCAACGGCGCAACAGUUCGAUCAGAAUUCCUUUCUCCUAGCUGCUGCUGCUGCGGCAGGUGCUGUCCCAUGUAAACGUCCAGCUGCUGAGAAAGGUGGUGUGCCAGUGUAUGCAAAUGGUGCUACAGCCCAACUUGCUGCUGCGGCUCAUGUACCACAAGCUACCUUCAAUCCAUAUUUGAUUCCCGGUAUCGGCUACAUGCCAACUGUGUCAUUUAGUGGCCAGAUUCCUCCACGUUUCUAA